AUGAACGGCGAAGAGGCCGACACGAUCGAAGCUGUGGUGGAGGGACGCAUGAAGGAUAGGCUGCUUGUAUCAAAAUUCCGCGGAUUCGAAGACCAGUUCCUCCCAUUUGACCAAGAGCACCGCCUUUUCGGAAAGCGCAACUACGAUUUGUCCAUGAGCCUGAAGCGUCGGCACCAAACGGAGCUGCCAAUCGAGGAGCUUUCGGGCGGAGAGGAUGACAUGGAGGAUGCCGAAAACGACGGUGAGCUUCAGGCUGGACUCGCCGGCGAUUCGCGAAAGACCUGCCGUCGUAGCAAGCCGGCGGACGGCAACCGGAUCCCAGAUGCACAAGUCCGUACAAAAGCAGGCGAACAUACCGAACGCCCUGCAGGCAAUGUCGUUCCGGGAGCUGUGAACCAGAUCGACGAGAUUGCAUCCGACGACGAGGCGAUGGACGGCGUGAGCGAUAGCUCCAGCGUAACUUUCUGCUGA